UGAUGAACGCGCUGCAUUCGACAGAAUGAUGCCAGAUCUGAAGUCGCAAGUCCAAAAGGGGUUCGACUUUGCGAAGGAAUAUCAAGUGAAGUCGUCCUAGAUACACUUUCUGUUAACUACCCAAUCAUCGACUUAGCGUAGUACGAACAGGUCAGAAAACCUGGAGUUUUUGAGAAGUUGGAGUUCGUAGGUUUACCUAUUACCAUUUUGGACCAAACUAUCUAGAGCAACUAAUUUUUUCGUCUUGCACAGACAGUAUAAAUAUGAUUCCGUGGAGCAAGAUAUUCCGUGGAGCAAGUUUUUGGCUAACCAUUCACUCGACAGCAGGAGUUCAUCGGGUGAACAAUCGUAAGACAACUUUCAGAGGGCUCAGAAUUUCUUGGCACUGCUUAGGUGGGGUCGCUUAAGUAGUGAAAGUUAAUUAGUCGCUUAAGCGAGGCUUCGCACACCACUCAGUUGGGGUGGCUUAAGUAGUGCCUGCUAAGUGGUGCGGUCACUGCUGAAGCGAGGCACCGAGGCGCUUGAGGGACGCGCCGAGGAACUCAAGGGAGGCCCCGAGGCACUUACGGGAGGCCCCGAGGCGCUUGAGGGACGCGCCGAGGCACUUAUGCGAGGCCCCGAGGCGCUUGAGGGGCGCGCCGAGGCAGAUCCGGGUCUCCCGAGGCACUUCCGGGAGCCCCCGAGGCAUUUCAUGGAGGCCCCGAGGCGCUUGAGGGGCGCGCCGAGGCACUUAUGCGAGGCCCUGAGGCGCUUGAGGGACGCGCCGGGGCUCUUACGAGACGCGCCGAGGAACUUGAGGGACGCGCCGAGACACCUGGGGGAGGCCCCGAGGCACUUCAGGGACGCGCCGGGGCACUUACAGGACGCGCCGAGGCACUUAAGGGACGAGCCGGCGCACCCUCAACGGGCCUAGUAGAUUGUGUAAUAUUCAUGUCCAGUUCUAUCUGGCGCACGAGUGGACUUUUUGAAGUAGUAAGACUAGAUGAAACUGAGUAGUACAGACUAUGGUUUACUAGCAGGAAACUUUGAAAAGACCAUUCCGAAUGUUGCUUAUUUUCCUUUGCUAUUCCUAUUGGAAUAAAGACGCGAUAUCCAAUCUUAGUGGACCCUUCGGUUUCUUAGUAAGCAAAGCUGCGUCUAGAUAAAUCCCAGGCGAUGAGCGGCAGGCAUCCAUCGUCCUUCUGGAGUAUUACUAGUAUCGAGAUUUUCGUGAAAAUCCUUGAAAUGAACAUCACUAUCUCUUUGAAAUGGUGAACAUCACUGUCUUCUUUUAUCAUUCGUGAAAAUCUUCGUGAAAUAAAACGUCACUAUCUCUUUGCGUCCUUAUAGAUCUUUUUGUUCUUUCCCAAGAGAUAAUGAAAAAGCUGCAUACGGGAUUAAUAUGGCUAUGGGAGGAACUUCUGACCAGG